CCGCCGCGAGCGCUUUCCCGGCCUAAUCUAUUGCUCGGCGCUCGUCUCUUCUGCGUGGGUCUGCCCAAGCGUCCCAUCGAUCUGCUCGAUCAUUGCGCGCCUGCGCUUUUGGGCUGUCAGUCAGAGGCAGCGUGGGGAUCUCUGGGAGCGGUUGCGACGUGCUGGGAGCUGAGGUAAAGCCGUGGCUUCUGUCCUGAGGGGCCGCGCACGAGCUGGCUGAGCCGGUUUAUAAAAAUGGAAUUUCAAGCAGUAGUGAUGGCUGUAGGUGGGGGAUCUCGGAUGACAGACCUGACUUCCAGUAUUCCCAAGCCUCUGCUUCCAGUUGGGAACAAACCUUUAAUUUGGUACCCAUUGAACCUGCUUGAGCGAGUUGGAUUUGAAGAAGUCAUUGUGGUUACAACCAGGGAUGUCCAAAAGGUUUUAUGUGCAGAAUUCAAGAUGAAAAUGAAGCCAGAUAUUGUGUGCAUUCCUGAUGAAGCUGACAUGGGAACUGCAGAUUCUCUGCGCUACAUAUAUCCAAAACUUAAGACAGAUGUGCUGGUCCUGAGCUGUGAUCUGAUAACAGAUGUCGCCUUACAUGAGGUUGUGGACCUGUUCAGAGCUUAUGAUGCAUCACUUACCAUGUUAAUGAGAAAAGGCCAAGAUAGUUUAGAACCCGUUCCAGGUCAAAAAGGAAAAAAAAAAACAGUAGAGCAGCGUGACUUCAUUGGAGUGGACAACACAGGAAAGAGGCUGCUCUUCAUGGCUAAUGAAGCAGACUUGGAUGAAGAGCUGGUUAUUAAGGGAUCCAUCCUGCAGAAGUACCCUAGAAUACACUUCCAUACCGGCCUUGUGGAUGCCCAUCUAUACUGCUUGAAAAAAUAUGUUGUGGAUUUCUUAAUGGAAAACAGGUCAAUCACUUCUAUCCGGAGUGAACUGAUUCCAUAUUUAGUAAGAAAACAGUUUUCCUCAGCUUCCUCACAACAAGGGCAAGAAGAAAAAGAGGAGGAUCUAAAGAAAAAGGAGCUGAAGUCCUUAGAUAUUUACAGUUUUAUAAAAGAAGCCAAUACACUGACCUUGGCUCCCUAUGAUGCCUGCUGGAAUGCUUGUCGAAAAGAUCGGUGGGACGACUUGGCCAGAUCACAGGUGCGCUGCUAUGUCCACAUCAUGAAAGAGGGGCUCUGCUCUCGAGUAAGCACACUGGGACUCUACAUGGAAGCAAACAGACAGGUGCCCAAAUUGCUGUCUGUUCUUUGUCCAGAAGAAUCACCAGUCCAUUCAUCAGCCCAGAUUGUCAACAAACACUUGGUUGGAGUUGACAGCCUCAUCGGACCAGAUACACAGGUUGGAGAGAAGUCAUCUAUUAAGCACUCAGUUGUUGGUUCAUCCUGUCUCAUAAGAGAUAGAGUGAAUAUUACCAAUUGCCUUCUCAUGAACUCAGUCACUGUGGAAGAAGGAAGCAACAUCCAGGGCAGCGUCAUCUGCAACAAUGCUGUGAUCGAGAAGGGAGCAGACAUCAAGGACUGUUUGAUUGGAAGUGGCCAAAGGAUUGAAGCCAAAGCUAAACGAAUGAACGAGGUGAUCGUGGGGAAUGACCAGCUAAUGGAAAUCUGAGUUCUGAGCAAGUCAAAUUUCUUCCUUUUGGCCCCCAAAACUCCAGAUGUUGGCUGGCCCAUUUGUUUGACUUUAUAUUUAUUUCCUAAUAAAGAAGGGCUUCCAAAGACA